UUGCAGGUACCGGAAUUAAAAUCCCAAUUUCACUUAUCAGGAAGAGAUUUGGAGAUAUGGAGAUGCACAAGAAAGAAAGGAAGGGAGGCCUUGUUGACAGUACUGUUAAUGGUUUUCGUCUAUUUCCGGUUUCUCCUCAUGAGUCAGGUGAAGGCUUGCCCUAUGCUCCAGCAGAUUGGCCUUGUCCUGGUGAUAUAUGGAGCUGGAAGGUGGGCAAGAGGAUUAUAGCUUCGGGUGGAUACUUUUUGGAUAGGCACCUUUUUCUUCCAGAGCGUUUACAGACCAAGCCUAGGGGGAGAGGUUUUGUGAGCAAGGUUUCUGUUGAACAGUAUGUUCGCGAAAUAUUUCCUGGUCAGGAUGUGAAGGCCUUUUUUGAAUUGUUCAGUUGGAGGAUUCCCUGCAAAAGUCCAUCUGAUAUCAAAGAAGAUACAUGCCCAGAAUCGAAGCAUGCUACUAUCAGUUGCAAGGCUGGAAACAAGCUAUGUAGCAGCUUAACUGAACCAGAAAAGCCUCCAGCAAAUAAUUUCUGUGACAUUUGCUGCACUGUACCGGAAUUCUGCCGUGAUUGCUGCUGCAUACUAUGUAGCAAGACUGUUAAUCCUGCCUAUGAAAAUCACGGUUUUAUUAGAUGUGAAUCCACUGUAGAAAAUGGCAUUAAUUGUGGACAUGUGGCUCAUCUAGAAUGUGGUCUGAAAGCCAACAUGGCUGGGACAGUAGGAGGUCUGGAUGUUGAGUACUAUUGUCGGCGCUGUGACACAAGAACUGAUCUGCUUCCACAUGUGAAGAAAUUCAUACCUAUAUGUGAAUCCAUUAGUUCUCUUGAUGACAUCAAGAAAAUUCUCAAUCUGGGGGUUCGUGUUUUGCAUGGUUCGCAGAGAAGUGCCGCAAAGAGGUUGCUGCACAUAUUUGAAAUAGCAAUGGGAAAGCAAUAUGAACCAAGACUCGAAAUUGUACCUGUACUUGACAACGACUGGAAUGUGGAUGUUAGAUCAACAAGUCAACAAGGAGUGAUGAUCUGUCAUAAUGGAAACCAUGUAGUUCAAUCUGCAACAGACGAGGAGCAUGUAGAUAUCAGACAAGGUUCUCCAAAGAAAGUAUCUACAGAUUUUGAUCCUGAGGUGGAGUCCCUGAAACUUGAACAUAAAGUUGAACAGACACUGCAAGCCCUGAAAGAAUCUCAGGAGCUGGAAUUCAAGAUAGCAAAAGAGAGGUUGCAGAAUCAAAAAAAUUGCAUUCAAAACCUGUAUCAGCAACUCGGCAAGGAAAAGUCUCAGAUCGAACGCCACAUGGCUUACGUUGCUGACCCAGAUGUCUUGCUCCAGCUUACUGAGAGUAAAGUGGAUCAAAUAAACAAGGAAUUACAUAAACUCGAGGAUAUGAAAGCAGUGUCUGAGGGAUUUGCAAAAACCUCAAAAGAAAUUCUGAAACAAUAUUUCGGCCUAGAGAACUGAGGCUCCUUGAGAACCAGGCUUUCCUGAAAAUUUUUCUUAUAUACAUCAUAAUUGUUUGCUUAUAACUUUUCAGUUGAUGUGUUAACUAUUUGGGAAUGAG